AUGACGAGCAGGGCCGGGGAGGCAGGGGAGGGGGCGCCUCGGCCGGACCCUCACGCCCGCCCCCCCGCAGGGAUCCGGCUGCACUUCCACAGCCUGAUCAAGGGCCUGACCGCCCAGGCCGCCUCCAAGGCCCAGCUGGGGCUCGGGCACAGCUACUCCCGCGCCAAAGUGAAGUUCAACGUCAACCGGGUGGACAACAUGAUCAUCCAGUCCAUCAGCCUCUUGGACCAGCUGGACAAGGACAUCAACACCUUCUCCAUGCGGGUCAGAGAGUGGUACGGCUAUCACUUUCCAGAGCUGAUCAAGAUCGUGAGUGACAACUAUACCUACUGCCGCUUGGCCAAACUGAUUGGGAAUCGCAAGGAACUGAGCGAGGAGAGCCUGGAGGGGCUGGAGGAAAUUGUCAUGGACAGCGCCAAGGCUCAAGCUAUCCUGGACGCUUCCCGCUCUUCGAUGGGAAUGGACAUUUCCCCCAUUGAUCUCAUUAACAUUGAGAGCUUCUCCAGGCGGGUGAUCUCCCUCUCUGAGUAUCGCAAAGGUCUGCAGGAGUAUCUCCGCUCCAAAAUGAACCAGGUGGCUCCUAGCCUGUCAGCCUUAAUUGGAGAAGUGGUGGGAGCUCGUCUCAUCUCCCAUGCGGGCAGCUUGACCAACCUGGCCAAGUAUCCAGCCUCAACAGUCCAGAUCCUGGGAGCAGAGAAGGCCCUCUUCAGGGCCCUGAAGACCCGGGGGAACACUCCCAAAUACGGCUUGAUAUUCCAUUCUACCUUCAUUGGGCGAGCAGCGGCCAAGAACAAGGGGCGCAUCUCCCGCUACCUGGCCAACAAGUGCACCAUUGCAUCCCGCAUCGACUGCUUCUCAGAAGUCCCAACCUCUGUCUUUGGAGACAAGUUGCGAGAACAGGUAGAAGAACGCCUGGCCUUCUAUGAAACCGGGGAGACCCCCCGCAAGAACCUGGACGUCAUGAAAGAAGCUGUCGUGGAGGCAUCUGAAGUAGCAGCUGAAAUGAAAAGGAAGUUGGAGAAGAAGCAAAAGAAGAAACUGAAGCAGGAGAAACGGCGCCAGGAGGCUCUGGCAGCAGCUGCAAAAGCAGCAGAAAUGCAGAACUCCGUCCUUGAGUCUCCAGGAGAGGAAAACAAGGCUGAGCCCAAGAAGAAGAAAAGGAAGCCCCAAGAGGUAGAGCCAGAGCCUGCUGACAAUGGCCUGGCAGAGGAAGCGCCCUUGCCGAAGAAGAAGCGGCGCCAGCAGCAGCCGGCUGCUGCAGAGCAGCCCCCCGCCAAGGGGAAGAGGACGAAAAAGAAAAAAGCCAGGACGGAAGAGGAGGAAGACUAGCGUGCAGUGCGGAGGAGUCCAGCCUGAGGCUGAGGCCGUCCAGUUUUGCUUGUUUAAACCACGUUCUGUGGUAUCUUUUUCCACAGUCCUGUACUUUCAAGGCAACCAGAUUGGAGGCCACGAACUGGAAUCUGGCGCAAGGCGUCUGGUCUCGGCACCAGGGCUUCAUUGCUCCGAGGGCCCGAGGCAGCUGCUCAUGGGCCGGGCGUCUUCUGAAAGGCAGAGGGAAGCGCUCAGCAGCUCCGGGCGGGCUCCUUGGAGAAGCAGGCCAGCCAUGACCACCCGAGAGGCCUCUGCGCUGCCCCCUCAGUGGGGGACGGGGGCCAGCAGAAGCUGCUUCCGCUGCAGAAGGACUAUACACCUGAACUGUCCUCCGCCUGCCAGAAAUAAUAAAAGCAUACUACUUUUUCCUAUAGCA